GAGCCUCGUCCGCUUUCCUCCCCAUUUCCUCACCACCCAAAGAUUUCAAACUUCUUCUUGCCAUCUUCUCCUUCCCGAUCUGCAUUUGGAGAUCUGACUGAUCUGGUUCUUCUGUGUUUCUCAGCUUCGAAGCAAUGGGGCUCCAAUUCUCGAGGCUCUUCAGUCGCCUCUUCGCGAAGAAGGAGAUGAGAAUCCUCAUGGUUGGCCUUGAUGCGGCUGGUAAAACUACCAUUCUUUACAAGCUCAAGCUCGGAGAGAUCGUUACCACCAUUCCCACCAUUGGUUUCAAUGUAGAGACAGUGGAAUACAAAAACAUCAGCUUCACUGUUUGGGAUGUGGGUGGUCAGGAUAAGAUCAGACCAUUGUGGAGGCACUACUUCCAAAAUACACAGGGUCUUAUCUUUGUGGUCGACAGCAAUGAUAGAGACCGUGUAGUUGAGGCAAGGGAUGAGCUUCACCGGAUGCUAAAUGAGGAUGAAUUGCGAGAGGCUGUUUUGCUUGUUUUCGCCAAUAAGCAAGAUCUGCCCAAUGCAAUGAAUGCUGCGGAAAUUACUGAUAAGCUUGGUCUACAUUCCCUGCGCCAGCGGCACUGGUACAUUCAGAGCACUUGUGCUACAUCUGGUGAGGGAUUGUAUGAAGGACUGGAUUGGCUCUCCAGCAACAUUGCCAACAAGGCCUGACCUCUAUCACUGCCGGUGGAGAAUUAGGGAAUUGUAUUGGCUUUAACAUGCGUGUGAUUGCUGGCUGCAUACCUUCCGUUCACAGUUACAUGUUCAGGAAUAGUUUUUUCUUUCUCCCUCAGUUUCCUUGCAUUUGUUUCAGCUCUAUUCUUUUUGUAUCUCAAACAGAUUCAUGGUCAUAUUUUGUAGAACUCUAAAAUUGUUAUGAUUUUCCAAAUAUAGUUUGCUACAUGAUU